GAUCCCUGGUUCUGUUUCUUUCUGGAAUGACCAUAGAUGAGUUGUAUUCACCCUGCAUCCCUAUCAUGGACUUCUUUCCUUCCUUCCGUCUGGUCCUCCUCAAGCCAGAUGUCCUGGCUGUGUCCCCUGCCUAAGUGGUCUUCAGUCCCCUCCCUUCCUGUGCCCUCACUUAAGUUACCUAAGGAAUCCAAGCCCAGACAUGCUUCCAGAGUGGCCUCGUGUUCUGCUCUUGACCACACCGCUGAGUUUUCAUUCCUUCAUGCUUGGCCUCUCACUGUUUUCUUCUCUGAUUAGUUCUUUUAUUGUUUCUUUGGUAUUGGCUGCAUCUGAAUUCUCUAACAAUUUAGUUGUUUAAAUUCCUUUGACUGCUCAGAAUCUUAAGUGAAAGAAAUCAGUACUAGCAGUUAAAGUUAAACACACUUAAGGACAGCUAAGAUUUAAUUGCAAAAAGACUGCAGUAAUCGUAAUUAUGCAGUGUUUUUCAAAAGUCCUGGGUCCUUGCAUAUAUUUCAGAUAUACCAUUUUAGACAGGGACAGCAGGAGCCAUAUAGGAGGUCAGUCCAUCCAGCAUCACUGCGUAAAUAUUUCUGGAGAACGAAUGAACUUUUGAAACGUGGAUUGUCAACUCAGAAGACAAUCGGGUUGGGGAAGUAGAAUGACAGGAAAAUAAAGUCUGACAUCAGACUAUAAGAAUCAGCCAUUGUGGAGGGCUCCUAGCUAAGAGUCCUUGAUUCCCUCAGGACUGGGAUCUGGUUCCCAGCACCCACAUGGUGGCUUACAGCUGUCUCUAACUCCAGGUUCAGGGGAUCUGAGGUGCUCUUCAGACCUCUCUGGGGCUAGACAUGCACUCCUACACAUAAAACAGAAGAGCCCAAAAAAUUGUAAGUUGUGAGACCCAUGGCUCACGAGCUAACAGUGCUGGGUGUAGUGUGCACUCACCCCUGCAGCCCUCCCCUCAAGAGGGGGAGGUCAGGACAUCAGGUCAUUCCCAGCUACACAGCAAGUUCAAGGCCAGCCUGGGCCCUACGAGGACCGUCUCAGCAAAAACCCAACUCCUAAGAUACACGUUAGCUUUCUUGCCUCUGCCCUUCUGCUGGCUACUUUGCUCAGUCCGAACUGCUGCCAAGGGACUCCCCUGAGGGCAGGCUUCUCGGGCCCUGCUUUUUUUGUUUUGCUUUUGAGCUGUGUAGGCAUUUUGUGGUAUUAGAGACUGAACCCGUGACAUUGAACGUGAUAGACAAAUUCUCUGCCUCUGAACUACAUUCCCAGCCUUCAUGUUUUGAGACAGAAUCUCAGGGCCUCGUGGAAUGCAGGCUAGCUGUGUAGUUGAGGAUAAACUUGAACUUCUGAUCUUCCUGUCUCCACUGCUCAUGUGCUAGGAUUACAGGCAUGAGCCACCAGACCCCUUUUAUGGGUGCUGGGGAUCACCCUAGGCUUCAUACAUGCUAGACUGGCAGCAUACUUGUUUAACAUUAAGUUCUGUGCAAGAAAGAAAAAAUUUAAUAUAUUCCUUGCCGACGAGUGGUGGGAAAACCCUUGUGGCUGAGAUUUUAAUGCUACAAGAACUGCUCUGCCGACAGAAAGAUGUCUUAAUGAUUCUUCCAUAUGUGGCCAUUGUCCAAGAAAAGAUUUCCAGUUUAUCAAGUUUUGGUAUAGAACUUGGUUUCUUUGUUGAAGAAUAUGCUGGAAGCAAAGGAAGAUUUCCUCCCACUAAAAGGAGGGAAAAGAAAUCGCUGUAUAUCGCCACUAUUGAGAAAGGGCAUAGCCUGGUGAACGCCUUGAUCGAAGCCGGAAGGAUCAGCACGCUGGGUCUGGUUGUCGUUGAUGAGUUGCACAUGAUCGGUGAAGGGGGCCGUGGUGCCAUUCUGGAGAUGACCCUGGCCAAAGUCCUCUACACCAGCAAAACAACUCAGAUUAUUGGCAUGAGUGCAACAUUAAACAACGUUGAGGACCUCCAGGAGUUCCUUCAAGCCGAGUAUUACACCAGUCAGUUCAGACCAGUUGAACUAAAAGAAUACCUGAAAGUAAACGACACAAUCUACGAGGUGGACAGCAGAGCUGCGGAUGGCAUGACCUUCUCACGUCUCCUCAAUUAUAAGUAUUCUGAUGCCCUGAAAAGGAUGGAUCCCGAUCACUUGGUAGCCUUGGUGACAGAAGUUAUCCCCACCUACUCGUGCCUAGUUUUUUGUCCCAGUAAGAAGAACUGUGAAAAUGUAGCAGAAAUGUUGUGCAAAUUUUUAAGCAAGGAUUAUCUAAACCACAGAGAGAAGGAAAAAUGUGAAGUGAUUAAAAACUUGAGGAACGUGGGCGGUGGUAAAGUGUGCCCUGUCUUGAAGCGCACCAUCCCCUUCGGAGUUGCCUAUCACCACAGCGGUCUAACUAGUGAUGAACGGAAGCUUCUGGAAGAGGCCUACUCCACGGGCGUGCUCUGCCUUUUCACCUGCACAUCCACCCUGGCAGCUGGGGUCAAUCUCCCAGCACGCAGAGUCAUCUUAAGAGCCCCCUAUGUGGCUCGAGAGUUCUUGAAGAGGAAUCAGUAUAAGCAGAUGAUUGGCAGGGCUGGCCGGGCUGGGAUUGACACCGUUGGCGAGAGUAUUCUUCUACUGCAAGAAAAAGACAAGCAACAGGUCCUGGAACUGAUAAACGGACCCCUGGAAAACUGCUACAGCCAUCUUGUUGAGGAAUUCACCAAGGGAAUCCAGAGUUUGUUUCUGUCUUUAAUUGGUUUGAAGAUCGCAACAAGUCUUGGUGACAUAUAUCAGUUUAUGAAUGGUACAUUUUUCGGUGUUCAGCAGAAGAUUUUAUUGAAAGAGAAAAGCCUCUGGGAAAUAACUGUCGAGUCACUCGGCUGCCUGACGGAGAAAGGUCUUCUACACAGAGACAGCCGCGGUGCCUCUGAGGAGUUCCAGUGUCCUUUUCGUAUUACAAGGCUGGGCCAAGCUGCUUUGAAGGGGGCCAUUGAUCUGGCCUAUUGUGACACUCUGUAUAGAGACUUGAAGAAAGGGCUUGAAGGACUUGUACUGGAAAGCCUUCUCCAUCUGGUCUACCUAACAACCCCCUACGACCUCGUUGCCCAGACCGAGCCUGACUGGAUGGUGUACUUCAGGCAGUUCAGUCAGCUCAGUCCAGCAGAGCAAAAUGUGGCUGCUCUUCUUGGAGUCUCUGAAAGCUUCAUUGGGAAGAAGGCAUCGGGGCAGGCCAUCAGGAAGAAGGUGGACAAGAACAUUGUCAACAGGCUCUAUCUGUCUUUUGUCCUUUAUUCCCUGCUGAAAGAGACCAACGUUUGGAGCGUGUCUGAGAAAUUUAAUAUGCCCCGAGGAUACAUACAAAAUCUGCUCACGGGGGCUGCCUCGUUCUCAUCCUGUGUGUUACAUUUCUGUGAGGAGCUGGAGGAAUUUUGGGUUUACAGAGCCCUGUUCGUAGAACUUACCAAGAAACUGACGUACUGCGCGAAGGCGGAGCUAAUCCCGCUCAUGGAAGUGACCGGGGUCCUAGAGGGUCGAGCAAAACAGUUAUACAGUGCAGGAUACAAAAGCUUAAUGCACUUAGCCAAUGCCGAUCCAGAAGUGCUAGUGAGGACGAUUGAUCAUCUGUCCAGACGCCAGGCCAAGCAGAUUGUUUCCUCAGCAAAGAUGCUGUUACAUGAAAAGGCCGAGGCUUUGCAAGAAGAAGCUGAAGAAUUACUGAGAUUACCUCCAGACCUCCCCGGGCUGGGGGCGGCCAACACUGACAAGGCAGGAAGCCGUGCCGGGGGCACAGCUCUGUGGUAGGGCGUUUGCCUGACAUGCCUGAGGUGAACCCUCAGUACCUCCAAGAAAGAAGAAAAAGCUGAAGGGUUAUAAGUUGGCCUGGUGGUGAACACCUGCAAUUCCAGCACUUGGGAGGAAGAGGAAGGAGCUUGAAUGUUAAAAGUCAUCUUCAACUACAUAGAGAGUUGGAGGCCAGUCUGAGCUACAGGAGUCCCUGUCUCAAAAAAAAGCAUGAAGCUGUCUGAUGUAUGUUUUCAAAUUUGACUUAUUUAUUAUACAUGUGUCUUAUUAUUGAAGAUUCUGUCUAUGAAUGAAAUAUGUAUUUUAGUUAUACAAUAAAGACUGUGGAUGAACUUUAA